AUGACCAUCAGACAGCUUUUGCAGUUUUUUUUUCUUAUUUUUAGCAUUUUAACAGCUAUUUCUGCAUUAAAAACGUUUAAUGAUGAUGAUUUUGAAAGUGAAUAUGAAAAUCUUGAAAAGAAUGAGCAAAAACUGCUGAAAACAGGGAUAUUAAAAGAACCUUCUGAUGGAUUAACAAGAUAUACAACGUUAAUAUUCCAUUCAAUAGUUUCUUCUCUUUCUACUUUUACAAAUGAUGUUUCUGAUAUUUGGGAAUGGGUUUUAGAGCAUUUUCCAUCAGUAUUUAGUGAUGAUCCUCCAAAUAUACACCAUGUGGUUGGAGAAUAUAUUAAAUCAAAGAUGUCUAGUUUUAAUGAAUGGUCAAUUUUUACACAUGCAGCGUUUCCGGGUUAUCAGCUCCGUUUGAGGUCCUUGGUUGAUACGAGGAUUGAUUUUGUUAAACAAUAUGCUGGGUAUAUUGAUAUAAAAGAUAAACAUUUUUUUUUCUGGUUUUUCGAAUCUCGUUCAGAUCCUUCUAGAGAUCCAUUACUUGUAUGGUUGAAUGGUGGACCCGGGUGUUCAUCUAUGUAUGGUCUUCUUACUACAGUAGGACCGUCAAAAUUAGAUCUUAAAACAGGAGAACCUCACUAUAAUCCAUUUUCAUGGAAUCAACAUUCUUCGAUAAUCUUUUUAGAUCAACCAGUAAAUGUUGGGUUUUCGUAUUCUGAACAACGUGUAAAAACAAGCUAUGCAGCAGCUGGCGAUUUUUAUGCAUUUAUUUGCAUGUUUCUUACGAAAUUCCCAGAAUAUUCUAAUUUAGAUUUUCAUAUAGCAGGAGAAAGUUAUGCAGGACAUUAUAUUCCAAUCUUUGCAUCAACGAUUUUCAUGAACCAAGAUGAAUCCGAGGAGGCUCUUUAUAAAAUUGAAGAUGAGAAAAAGGUUCCAACUAUUAAUCUUAAAUCAAUUAUGAUAGGAAACGGGCUUGUUGAUCCUAUUAAUCAAUAUGCAUAUUAUCAUUAUAUGGGGUGCAAUGGCAGCUAUGGUCGUGUAUUACCUCAAGAUGUUUGUGAUAAUAUGCUAAGAAAAUAUCCUGAAUGUUAUCGUUAUAUGAAGCUUUGCCGUGAAUUUCAAUGUCCUUGUGUAUGUACAUUAGCCUAUGACUCUUGCACGGAAUUGCUUUUGAUGCCAUAUGUUCAUCAUAAUAUAAGUGUUUAUGAUAUUCGUCGAUCUUGUCAUGGUAAUUGUAAUUUAAAGGAAAUUAGACUUGUUGAAAGUUUUAUGAAUAAGGAGGAAAAUAAACAAUUAUUUAAUACUACUAGAAAUUUUACUGAAUGUAAUUACACCGUAUUUGAUCAUUUUCGCGCUUCAGGAGAAUUAAUGGAAUCUGUUGUUGUUUAUAUUGAGGAGUUGUUAAAUGUAGGAAUUAAAGUACUGGUUUUUUCUGGUGAUGCUGAUGUUAUAUGUAAUUGGUAUGGAACUCAUUCAUGGGUGCAUAAAUUAGAAUGGAGUGGUGCUUCUCAUUUUAAUAGCCAAAGAUAUAAACCUUGGGUUCUUUGGAAAAAAACAGGAAAAAGAAAAUUAGGGGAAUUAGUUGGAGAAAAGAAAACAUAUGGCGAUUUAACUUUACUUAGAGUAUAUAAUGCAGGGCAUGCAGUUUCUAAGGAUCAACCAGAAGCUGGUUAUGAUAUGUAUACAAGGUGGAUUUAUAAAAAUUAUUAUUUUGAUUAA